AUGGACCACCGACAGCUUCUCCCCGAUCUCCAUGGAAACAUCUCCUCCUCCCUGGGCUCGGUCAAUGACGCGCUGCUCUCCAGGACGGGCUACACAGUCCUGGCUGUGAUCAUUGGUGCGUUCUCAGUGCCCGGGGUCUGUAUGAACGUCCUGGUCAUCGUGGUGACGGUGAGACACCGGAGGCUGCGCCAGCCUCUGAACUACGCCCUAGUCAACCUGGCAGUGGCAGAUCUGGGCUGUGCUCUGUUCGGGGGACUGCCCACUAUGGUCACCAACGCUAUGGGCUACUUCAGCAUGGGGCGGCUGGGCUGCGUGCUGGAGGGUUUUGCUGUGGCUUUCUUUGGUGAGUUACUCUUUCUUUGGUGAGUUACACUUUCUUUGGUGAGUUACUCUUUCUUUGGUGAUUUAUUCUUUCUUUGGUGAGUUACUCUUUCUUUGGUGAGUUACUCUUUCUUUGGUGAGUUACUCUUUCUUUGGUGAGUUACUCUUUCUUUGGUGAUUUACUCUUUCUUUGAUGAGUUACUCUUUCUUUGGUGAUUUACUCUUUCUUUGGUGAUUUACUCUUUCUUUGGUGAGUUACUCUUUCUUUGGUGAGUUACUCUUUCUUUGGUGAGUUACUCUUUCUUUGGUGAGUUACUCUUUCUUUGGUGAGUUACUCUUUCUUUGGUGAUUUACUCUUUCUUUGGUGAGUUACUCUUUCUUUGGUGAGUUACCACCGAGGACCACUUUGGAAACACAUGUUUUAAUAAAUACUUGUAAAUCCUAUUCUCUGGGAAUACAUUGUACGUCUAGUUGUAUAUGUUUUCACCCAAAUAAAUUCAAUUAAAUUCAAUACAACAGUUUAGAGGUAGUAAAUGGAAGUGUCUGGCUAUACAGGGAGAGUUAUUUUUGUCAAAUCCACUAGGCCUAUUGAUGUCAAUUGAAUGGAUGUGUUUGCUGGGUUAUUGCAUGUACAUGUAGUGUAUGUGUUUGAUUUUGUCCUUCCCAGGUAUUGCAGGUCUGUGUUCAGUGGCCGUGAUAGCUGUGGACCGUUAUGUGGUGGUGUGUCGACCAAUGGGGGCGGUCAUGUUCCAGACCAGGUCAAGUAGAGUUCAACAGUAUUCCAUUUAACUCUGGUAACUGUGCAUAAACAGAGGGAGAAGAUAGCAGUUGCAUAGAAGUAAGGAUAAAUGUGUGAUGAAGUUAACUGUAAUGUAUUUCUACUGUAACACAGGCACGCAGUGGGAGGGGUGGUCCUGUCCUGGGUAUGGUCGUUUGUAUGGAACACCCCGCCUCUGUUUGGCUGGGGCAGCUUUGAGCUGGAGGGGGUUAGGACCUCCUGCGCCCCAAACUGGUACAGCAGGGAACCAGGAAACAUGUCUUACAUCAUCCUCUACUUCCUGCUCUGCUUCGCCAUACCUUUCUCCAUCAUCAUGGUCUCCUACGCUCGCAUCCUCUUCACACUACGCCAGGUGGGCACGGGAUGUGUGUGUGUGUGGGUGUGUUUGUGUGUGUGUGUUUAUACAUUUGUCUGUGUGUGUGGGUUUGUGUGUGUGUGUGUACCCAUGUGUGUGUGUGUCCCAGGUGUCCAAGCUGAAGGUGUUGGAGGGCGGCAGCACCACCCGUGUGGAGAUGCAGGUCGUGCGUAUGGUGGUAGUCAUGGUGAUGGCCUUCCUGCUCAGCUGGUUGCCCUACGCGGCCUUCGCCCUCUCCGUGAUCCUUGACCCCAGCCUCCACAUCAACCCGCUCAUUGCCACCGUGCCCAUGUACCUGGCCAAGAGCAGCACUGUCUACAACCCCAUCAUAUACGUGUUCAUGAACAGACAGGUGAGGGACAACACAUACACUACCGUUCAAAAGUUUGGGGUCACCUAGAAAUGUCCUUGUUUUCCAUGAAAACAUACAUUAAAUGAGUCUGAAUAGGAAAUAUAGCAAAAUGAAUAGGAAAUGUAGUCAUUGACAAGGUUAGAAAUAAUGAUUUGUAAUUGAAAUAAUAAUUGUGUCCUUCAAACUUAGCUUUCGUCAAAUAAUCCUCCAUUUGCAGCAAUUUCAGCCUUGCAGACCUUUGGCAUUCUAGUUGUCAAUUUGUUGAGGUAAUCUGAAGAGAUUUCACCCCAUGCUUCCUGAAGCACCUCCCACAAGUUGGAUUGGCUUGAUGGGCACUUCUUACGUACCAUACGGUCAAGCUGCUCCCACAACAGCUCAAUAGGGUUGAGAUCCGGUGACUGUGCUGGCCAGUCGAUUAUAGACAGAAUACCAGCUGACUGCUUCUUCCCUAAAUAGUUAUUGCAUAGUUUGGAGCUGUGCUUUGGGUCAUUGUCCUGUUGUAGGAGGAAAUUGGCUCCAAUCAAGCGCCAUCCACAGGGUAUGGCAUGGCGUUGCAAAAUGGAGUGAUAGCCUUCCUUCUUCAAGAUCCCUUUUACCCUGUACAAAUCUCCCACUUUACCACCACCAAAGCACCCCCAGACCAUCACAUUGCCUCCACCAUGCUUGACAGAUGGCAUCAGGCACUCCUCCAGCAUCUUUUCAUUUGGUCUGCGUCUCACAAAUGUUCUUCUUUGUGAUCCGAACACCUCAAACUUCGAUUUGUCUAUCCAGAACACUUUUUUCCAAUCUUUCUCUGUCCAGUGUCUGUGUUCUUUUGCCCAUCUUAAUCUUUUAUUUUUAUUGGCCAGUCUGAGAUAUGGCUUUUUCUUUGCAACUCUGCCUAGAAGGUCAGCAUCCCAGGGGUCGCCUCUUGUGAGGCAUCUGUUUCUCAAACUAGACACUCUAAUGUAUUAGGCCUCUUGCUCAGUUGUGCACCGGGGCCUCCCACUCCUCUUUCUAUUCUGGUUAGAGCCAGUUUGCGCUGUUCUGUGAAGGGAGUAGUACACAGCAUUGUACGAGAUCUUCAGUUUCUUGGCAAUUUCUCGCAUGGAAUAGCCUUCAUUUCUCAGAACAAGAAUAGACUGACGAGUUUCAGAAGAAAGUUAUUUGUUUCUGGACAUUUUGAUUCUGUAAUCGAACCCACAAUUGCUGAUGCUCCAGAUACUCAACUAGUCUCAAGAAGGCCAGUUUUAUUGCUUCUUUAAUCAGCACAACAGUUUUCAGCUGUGCUAACAUAAUUGCAAAAGGGUUUUCUAAUUAUCAAUUAGCCUUUUAAAAUGAUACACUUGGAUUAGCAAACACAACAUGCCAUUGGAACACAGGACUGAUGGUUGCUGAUAAUGGGCCUCUGUACGCCUAUGUAGAUAUUCCAUUAAAAAUCAGCCGUUUCCAGCUACAAUAGCCAUUUACAACAUUAACAAUGUCUACACUGUAUUUCUGAUCAAUUUGAUGUUAUUUUAAUGGACAAAAAAAAUGCUUUUCUUUCAAAAACAAGGACAUUUCAAAGUGACCCCAAACUUUUGAACGGUAGUGUCCAUACAUACAGUACACAAGGAAAGGGGAUACCUAGUCAGUUGCACAACUGAAUGCAUUCAACUGAAAUGUGUCAGCGCCCAGGGAGCAGUUGUUGUUUAAUUGCCUUGCUCAAGGGAAAACAGAUUUUUUUCCACCUUGGGGAUUCAAACCAGCAACCUCUCAGUUACUGGCCCAACGCUCUUAAGCACUAGGCUAAGAGUUGUGUAUAACAUGCACAGACACACAUAAUUACAAACACACGAUCCUGUCGUCUUCAUAUUCGUAAGCAUAGGUACAAUUGCGUGCUCUAUAGAGAAUAAGAGAUACAUCAUAGAAUCAGAAUUUGAAAGAUGAAAUAUGCAUUUUUUUAUGCACUGUUUAAUAAUUAGCAUUAUCUAGCUACUGUAGUCCAUGUUGUUCCUCUGAGUGUGUUGUGUAUCAGUGUAUCUCUCUCUCCAGUUCCGGGACUGUGCUGUUCCUUUCCUGCUGUGUGGUCGGAACCCCUGGGCAUCAGAACCAGUGGGCUCUGAAGCUGAUACAGCCCUGUCCUCUGUCAGCAAGAACCCACGAGUCUCACCCCAAUGACAGCAACUUUCAAUUUUUUUGUACAAUGUAAAGUUGUUGUUAUAAAAUAUAAUUUUAUGUGCAAUAUUUGUCUGUAACUGUUUCAAGAAUACUAAUAAAAGUAUAGUCCAUGAUAUUUGGAGAUCAUUAGUGUCACGAGGGCUUUAGGUGGAUCCGGGUUCCUAAUCUUAAUCUGAUUUACUAAAAAUAUAUUUAAAUCACCUGAUGCCAUAUCCCGGUUUAAUCUAAUCUAAAUUAAAUUAAUCUAAAUUGAUAACAUGAUCAAAAGGAGUAAUUGCUGCAAACCAUAAAUUCACUAAAGAAACGAUUACUGCUUUUAAUAUUGCUUUUAUUGCCUCACACACAUGUAAAUAACAGCAAAAGAGAAUAUAAUGUGUGGAAGUUAAGGGGUGCACCCUUCCGAACCCUCCUUCCUCCUUACACGUGGAAGAUCAGAAAGCCACUGAAGGUGCUGAGGUUUUUGAAAGCAUUACCGGUCACCUGGAAACCAGAAGGUAGGACCAUGUAAACCUCGUCUCCUACAGCCAGCUGCAGAGUGGCUCCGUUGGACGCAAAGUCUUCAUUGUCUCCCUUGUCCUGAAACUCAUAGACCAGCGCCACCUGCUCAUUGUUCUUGUAAAGGGCCACCCCGAUGUUGGCCUCAUUUUUCCAGGUAUAGGAUGUGAAGGUGAAGUAGUAGACUCCAUUUACUGGGGCUGUGAAUGCUCCUGUAUGGGUGGACAAGGAAAAACAAGUGCACUCUUAGAAAAAAGGGUUCCAAAAGGGUUCUUCGGCUGCCCCCAUAAAAUAACCCUUUUGGGUUCCAUGUAGAACCCUCCGUGGAAAGGGGGACAGCCAAAGCACCUUUUUUUCUAAGAGAAUAGUGAACACCUGUAUCAGAGGAAAUACACUGGCUAUUAUUCUUUUUCACCACUCGGAAAUGGCAUCAAAACCUACUGCAUGCCACUUGAGUACCAUUGUAAUUAAUAAGCAUUAUUCAACUAGUUUUUUAUUUAAACUAUUAACAAGUAGGUAACACAGUUCAUCAUUACAAUAACUUCAUUAUUUGUAAACAUUAAUAAGCAUGUAUGAGCAUUACCAUUCAUACAAAUGUCUCAUUUAUAAAGCAUUUAUAACAAUUUAUAACGACAAGUUAGCCUACCCUAAAGUGGUCCCGCUUUAUUUGAAGUGUAUCUUAUGAAGGCUUCAUAAAGCCUUCAUAUAGGCUUCAUAAGCACUACAUAGAUGCCUCACAAAUCUAUAACCAUAUAUCAUGCUCUAUAAAGAUUCAUAAUGUGGCAUAACUCUGUUACAUAACCAUCAAUUUAUUUGUUCACAUUUAUUAAUCCUUUAUAGAGCAUGAAAUACGGUUAUAGAUGAUUUGUGACCCAUUUAUAUGUAGUGCUUAUAAAGCCAAUAUGUUACCUGGGACUGUUUCAGCCAGACAAAGAAAGAAUUAUAUGUUAAGAUUUGGAUACAGUGAGAUUUGUCUAUGUAAAUCGCAAUAAUAUUUCAAUGAGGCAUACAGUAUGUAAGGCUGACCUGUCCUGGGGCUGUAGGCGUUACCGACGUUGGUGAUGACGUGAGUGUGGACCAGGUUGGUGUCUGCCUGGAAGGGCCCGGUUUGGCCGUAGCCCUCCGUGUCCACGAUAGGAGGUCUCAGUGCAGCUGA